CCUCUCCUCCUCUUCCCCUUUCCUCCUCCUCCUCCUCUUGUAGCCCGGCUGGAACAUGGAUGCAUAGCUCUAGUACUUGACAUUGAAGUAGUAAAAGGUAGAAGUGAGAUUUAGAUCUGCAUUGACGCUAGCUAGCUCGUAGUGCCGGCCACCACUAGAGCAGGAAUCUUCUAGCCGUCCACCCCACCCACUGAUCCACACAAGCUUACUGCUUGGUUUUGGUUUGGUACUGAAGCUUCCAACUAUUUGAGAGAUGACCCAGACAUCCCCCAUUGCCAUCAUCACCACCAUCAUCAUCAUUGAGUAUCCCACCAAGAACCGCCGCCAUCAAACCCUACUGCUACCCACCACAUGCAUCCAGCUCCAUCCGCGUCGUCGUCUUUCGGCGAGUGCUUCCAGUUCUUCCCCGCCGAGAUGUACCACCACCACCAGCAGCAGGAUGGGACACUGGAGGCGGUGCUCUGGCAGCCGGUGACCGCUCCAGCUCCGGCGGAGCGGGGGGAGCCGGGGGGCGCCCUCGCCGGGGCCGCGCGGAAGAGGCCGUUCCGGACGGACCGGCACAGCAAGAUCCGCACGGCGCAGGGGGUGCGCGACCGCCGGAUGCGGUUGUCCGUCGGCGUGGCGCGCGACUUCUUCGCGCUGCAGGACCUCCUCGGCUUCGACAAGGCAAGCAAGACGGUGGACUGGCUGCUUACGCAGUCCAAGCCUGCCAUCGACCGCCUCGCCAACGCGGCCCAGGGGUCCGCCGUGCCGGCCGCUGCCGGACCGUCGACCAAGGAGGGGGCUACCUCCUCCAGCACCGGCUGCUUCGAGGACGCGAGGGAGGAAGAGCACGACGUCAGAGAUCUGAUGAAAAGCAUUGGCGGCGAAGGUGAGCUUGACUGGUUCAUGUCGGAGGCGGCGGCCAUAGACAUAGAGCAGCCUAUGGAAGGAUUGGAGUUGGACUAAUUGAUGGGAGCGGCAGCAACAGAGGACCACUAACUACUAAUUAGUUCAGGUGAUUUCUUGUAUAUGCAGCCGCAUGACAUAUUUGUGUGUGUGUCCUGUCCAACCGGUGAGAUUAAUUAAGUUCUUGCAAAUCUUAUGUUCAUGCUGGUUGCUGGGUGUGUUCUACUAAUUUGGCCAACUAUAUUUUGCUCAUGUGCUAAUCUUGAGGUUCUUGUA